AUGUCAGAAGUAGAUCCCUCAGCUCCAGCUCCUCUCCGACUGCCCGCCAUCCUCCAAAACCCCAAAAGCACAACUCUCAAGCAGGUAGAAGCGUACAACGCACAACAACGAGAGAAAGCUCAAGCUAGACGGGAGGCCAGAUUGGCCGAACCGAAGAUCGAAGGGAGGUUGAAUGGGAAAGGUAAAAGGGUAAUCAGGAGGUUGGAUAAUGCUUCAUUCGCUUCCAACCCUCAUAUUGCUCUACCCCUAAAAUCAGAUUACUACCCCUCCGUGCCCCUUCAAGUUCAUCCACUACAGAAACCGAUCUUCCCAUCUGAUGCUAUACCUAGAAAACAAUCCAUCCCAUCUACUGUAAGACCAGAGAGAGAUGUCAAUUCGACCGAUUCAGUCAAUGGGAAUUUUCAAUUAUCGCUCAAAGGUAUCAGAGCGUUAUUGCGUAAGAAGAGAGGGAGGAGGGUUGAAAGUCUUGUUCAAGCUGUAGAAGGGGAAAUGAGAAAAUGGUUAGGUGGUGAUUGGUCAUUAAAUCUAUCGUCCACAGAAGGAGCAGAAGGGUUACGAUGGAAAAUCAUCGAUGGUACGCUGGUUGAUAUACCUAUAGAGAAAAACGGUGAAACUUCAGGAUCGAACACAAAUACAAAUAAUCGAAGAAGAUUACCUAUACAACAUCAGAUAAAUGGAAUGUUACCUUUUCUACCCAAAGAGAACGAUCAGAUACCUUCGAUACUGGAAAUAUCAAGAUCGCCAGCUCAUCUAAGUUGGUAUAUCGUUGAUCCGUUCGAGAGAUUGGUGGUUCAUUUAUUAGCAAGGUAUUAUGAUUUGAUUUCAUGGAGUGAAUCCCAUCAAACCAUCUCGAGCGAAACGAUCCGUCUAACUCAUAUAAUCUUGCCUACCAUUAUCAAACCGCGUAUCAUAUCAUCUUCAUCGAAUAACCUUCUGACACCAGAAACCUCAGAAUUAUCUUCGCAGUCUGGUCCAGAAUCAAUAGGAUCUUUUACAGCUUCCGAAACGGACAGUGGAUCGGAUACAGCUACUGAAAGAGGUGAUGAUGAUCGCGAUGACGAUGGAUCUGAAAAUGGAUAUUCCCUGGAGGGAGAGGGGAAUACAACCAUUACCUCCUUACCUGAAACACUAUCGAACUUACGUUUGACUCAAGAAAGCAUAUCGCUACAGAGGAGUAUAUCAAACACAUCUUCAGCAUAUGCAUCUUCAGAAGGAGGUAAUUCGGACUAUUCAUUAUUAGGUGAUAGUCUCACUUUACCGCCUAAGCCUCCUGCUGGAGGAGGAGAGGGAGAGGCCAUGGGAGAGAUUGACGGAUGGAGUGAUUUCGGUUCGGAUAUGGGUAUUGGAGAAUUACCAAAAGUGAACACGAACAUCAAUGUCAUGAUUAGGAAUAGGGAUGUAUCAUCAAGUACGAGUAUCAGGAAAGGUUGGGAAGAUAAACCGACUUUCUUCGAAUACCUUUAUGGAGCGUAG